GGCAUCAAUUUGUUUACCAUUUAACGUUACCAUGAUGAGAUUAUCAGGCAAGCGCCACAAAACAAACCAGCCGUGUAGUUCAGAGUACACUUGAAAUACUUUUUCUUUUAUGUGAUCUUUAUCAUCGUCAAAAAUCCAAAGUUAACGUGAAGAUGACCGAGUUGAGUAUGGAUGCAUAGCAAAAACAAUGCUCUCACUGACUGCAUGCGCAUAAAAAACAUUGCUGGAUUUAAGGCGCGCUCCCGCCUGCACGUGCACUUGCUGCGCGUCAGAAACCCGCUCUCGGGAAAAGUUCAUUUUUCUUCCAUCCAUCAGUUUGUCUUUUAUUGAUAAGAAUCGUCGAUCGAGGUUUAUGUAAAGAGAUUAAAGUAUAAAAGAGUGACGUGGCGGGACACGUGAGCGCGCGUAACGCGUGUUGUGAUCGCGUUUGAACACAGACAAAGAGUUGAAUGUGUUUGGAGAUGAUGGAGAGCUCACAUGGACACCGCUCGACUCAUCACCGCUCUAAAGACUCUGAAGUACGAGGCGUCGUGUCUGGCCGAUCUGUGAUGAAGAAGAGCUCUCACAGGCACAAACAGCGUCACGAAGUCGAUCCCAGCGCUCAUCGCGAGAAUAUCGUGGGCUGUAGAAUCCAACACACAUGGAAAGAAGACGGUCAUAGUCCCGUGUCUCUGUGGACGGGGACGGUACUCAUCCAGGUGCCCGUGAACCCUUCGCUCUAUCUCAUCAAGUAUGAAGCUGUCGACUGCGUGUACGGCCUCGAGAUUUUCAAAGACGGGAGGGUGAAAAACCUCCAGAUGUUAGACGGACAGAUCGAGUCGUUCCGCGCGGGCGACAGUCUCCUGGUGGACAGACUGCUGGGCCGGGCGGUAGGACACAUGUUUGAACAGGAUGACGGAUCGAAGGAUGAGUGGAGGGGUUUGGUGCUCUCCAGAGCCCCCGUCAUGCCCACCUGGUUCUUCAUAACGUAUGAGAAGGACCCCACGCUGUACAUGUAUCAGCUGAUGCAGGAUUAUAAAGACGGAGACCUGCGCAUUCUUCCAGAUUCAGAUGACGCAGCGGAGGUCAGAGAGCCGGGUGAAGUGUUUGAUACUCUGGUUGGAAAGCAGGUGGAGUGUACGAACAAAGAUGGCACAGAGAAGAUGGGCACAAUCAUCCAGCAGGUUCAUGCAAAGCCUUCGGUUUACUUCAUCAAGUUUGAUGAUGACUAUCACAUCUACGUCUAUGACAUGGUUGGAUCGUAAAUUUGUCGACAUCUCUGUUCUUCAGUGUUCUACUGAAUGUUUUUGUUAUGAAAGUAUUUUGUUUACGAAUGUAUGUAAAGGUUGUGCCGCUGUUGUGAACUUGUGUCCAAGCAUUUCUAGACUAAUGGAAUUCAUGCGAUGAAGAACAUGGAGUUGAUCUUUCAGUCUUUAUGCUUUCUUGCAGGGACGGAGAAUCUCAUGUGUUUGGUAGUUUGUUAAAAAAAAAAGUUCCAUAUUAAGAGUUGAUCUUGCCGUUUUUCAUGUGUAAAUAUUACCUGACUUUUGAGAAAUAUUUCUCUUAACACUGGAAGUGAUGUUUUACAAAACUCCUCUUUGGGAAACCACGUGUGUUCAACUGGUAAAAAGUUAAAUAGUGUUUCAGCAAUACUUAACAAUAAAAUCAAUGUAAACUC